AUGGCUAAUAGCAUGGAUCUCGCGGGCGUGCUGCCCACGAUAAAGUGCUCCAAUUGUAGUGUGGAUGUCGAGAUCUCUGCAAUGGGAGAGCAUGUCUGUAUUACCCAGCAACCCUCGAAUUCUUCGCCUGCUCGUGAUAUAAAGCCGAGCAGGCCUGCGCCUCCUCCACGAAUAGACCCUGCUGCUGCGAAUCAACCCUUCUUGACACCUGGCUAUGCGAGUCCUUCGAGCAGUCUUGGAAGUCAUCCUCUCACCCCACGGAUGUCGCCUCUGCGCAGUCAAACCUCGCCCUUCCCUAUUACACCUUCGUCCCUUGACUUCACAGACGACGAAAAUGCUCGCGAUUUGCACGAGCGUUCUGCUCUUAGUCCCAAUCCGGCAGCCACCAUUCGAGCUGCUCUGAGCCCAACGUUCCCUAAAUCUCCGCUUCGCUCCGACACUCCGACAAUCAAUAGUGAUGUUGCUGAUACAGACGUGUCGGGCAGCAUGCAUACUAGGUCACCCUCAAUCGAGAGCAGGAGCACAUACCGAACUUCUGUGUCAAGUAGGCGUUACCGAGAAUCUACAUCAACGUACUCAUCGCGCGGCCAAUCUAUGAGCAUGCCGCGGGGUAUUCGAAAUAUAAUGGACGAAGUGCCUCCAGUGCCCACCGGGCCAUUGAGUUCAUUCAGACCCAACUCCCAGAUGAGUGCUGUCGACUCGAAUUUAUCGAGGAGUCCACCCCAGGGCAAAAAGUCAAAUUAUAAUGGCUUCGAUUUUGGCUUGACCGACGAGCCCCAUAGUUAUGAAGGUGAAGCGCCGUCUUCUCCGCAUGAGAACUUUUUGACACGAACCCAGAACAUGCCGACCAUGGGUGAUUUACAUAACGCCGAUAUAAAUGAGAAUGCACUUACUAGGUGGCCUUCACAACCUUCACCUACUGUCCCAGGUCGACCUUAUCUUCCAAGAGAACCUGACGUCCCCGGUGGAGCGAUUAAACCGGCGCAAAAUAGAACCCCUGGCCCUCAAGAGAGUGUCCAAAACGAUGAAAAUUCGCCGUCGAACUUUAAUGUAGGCCUGGGACUGGACAAAAAUACCUAUCAUGCGACAGGAGGGUCGACAUCGUCCAGCGAAUCCUCCCCUUCCGAUAUGGGCAGUGGUAGCUCGCUAUCGAGCCAGCCUUCGGACACUGACACGAAACCGUCGGAUCUGAGUCAAAUCGAUUCGAUGUUGCAAGAGCUAGAACUUGAUCAGAAACAGCUUCCCCAAGCGGAAGAUCCAUCAGCUUUGGACAAGACGACAACGACGAUGACGAUUUUGGAGCCACCUCGCAUCGUGACUGGUUUCGACCGUGGACCCGACUCGCCCACUGAUCCGUCCCUUGUGAAUGGUACAUACUCAACGCGCAGUGAUCAACGACCGGCAGUUUCUCUCAAAAGUCCAGCAGGGGAAAUGUCUCCAGCAGAGGUUCACGGUCAACAGAUUUCGCGGCCACCUACUGCUGGAGGUCAAAAGCGUCGUUGUCGGGGUUGUGGACAGGGCAUUGUUGGUAAAUCCGUUUCAUCAGCAGAUGGUCGCCUUACUGGACGAUACCACAAAGCUUGCUUUGUCUGUUUCACUUGUCGAUCACCCUUUGAGACCUCGGACUUUUACGUGUUGGAUGACCAUCCCUAUUGUGCUCAACAUUACCAUGAACUCAACGGUUCGGUAUGUUCUACGUGUAAAAAGGGAAUCGAAGGGCAAUACCUGGAGACCAUCGAACAAAGUACUUACGGUAGCGGCAAUCCGCAAAAGUUUCAUCCCGAUUGCCUGACCUGUCGUACUUGUCGUGUUGUCCUUCGGGGAGAUUACUUUGAAUGGAAUGGCCAAGUCUACUGCGAGCGUGAUGCGCGACGGGCUGCAGCCAUGACGCCGCCUCCUGGCAGACUGCGUCCGACCAUGCCUUCCUCACCCCUUGCUGGGCCUCCGGGGUUCCCGCCAGGCCCGCCACCUCAAGGAUUCAGAGGCUCACCACGCCGUGGGCCCCCGGGGUCUCCAGUCUCUCCAGGUGGCCCUAUGCCUCGUGGCCCACCUCCGCCUGGUGGCCGUGGCAUGGGCAGACCACCGCCUCCCAGGCAAAGUGGAUUGGCUCCUCCAAGCGGUGCUCGACGCUAUCCAGAGAGGAGAACGACGAAACUGAUGAUGAUAUGA